AUGCCGGCGUAUUUUGUUGAGCGGAGUGGUCAGAGGACGGAACUAACGGGUGAGUUGUUGCUUCAGCUCAUUGGAGAUGGCAAUGACUCCGAAAUAGAAGAAGUGGAAGAUGACGAAGGUGAUCAAGAAGAAUCGGUUUUGCAGUUGGUGUCUGCUGAGGAACCUGAAUCACCUCCCCGUCCAGGUCCAUCAUCUGCUACUGCAACAAAAGCUCGUCAAAAGCCGACAAAAAGCCGAGACACUCGCCGAAGAAUCUGGAAGCAGAUGCCAUUCAACCAGAAGGAACACAGCUAUCCGGAGCGGUCGUCAGCAGCGGUAAGGUCUCCUUUGGCCUACUUUGAAGAUUAUUUUGAUGAUAAAUUUUUUGAGCAUGCCGCUGUUUGUACCAACAAUUAUUACAUGCGUAAAACGGGAAAAGUUUUGAACACCACAGCGGCAGAGUUAAAAAAAUUUGUUGGAAUUCAUUUCAUCAUGGGAUGUAUUCCAUACCCACGCAUUCACAUGUACUGGCGGAUCGAAAUGCGAUUAGCUUUAGUUGCUGACAAGAUUUCUAGAGAUCGUUUCAAGAUUCUUCGUAUGGCAUUCCAUGUUGUCGAUAGUGAUGAUGCUCCGGCAGGAAACCAGAAUUCACUGUGGAAAGUCCAACCUGUACUUACUCAAGUCAAAAAUGCUUGCGACAAAUUAGAACGUCAACCAGGCUUUUAUUCCAUCGACGAGCAAAUGAUUCCAUUCUCUGGGACAUGUCCACGUGGUUUGAGACAAGUAAUAAAAACAAAGCCGCGUCCACAAGGGCUAAAAGCUUUCGUCGCUACUACUUACGAUGGUUUGAUGAUCGACUUCGAAGUUUAUCAAGGCGCAAAAACAAACUUUGGAGACAAAUCUCUAGGCGUUGGAGCUUCUGUCAUUCUUCAUCUCUCUAAGUCAAUCCCACGCGGUAGUUGUCUAUAUUUUGACCGGUUUUUUUCAUCUAUACCUUUACUUGAGAGAUUGAAUGAAUUGGGACUACAUGGGACCGGGACAAUAAUGAUGAAUAGAGUUCCUGAGAGGAAGAACAUGGACUUCAAGCUAGAUCGCAAAAUGAAACGUGGCGAAUCUCAACAAUUUGUUAGCAAUGAUGUUGUUGUUGUUAAAUGGAUGGAUAACAAAUCCGUCCUUGUAGCAUCCAAUUGUACAUCUGGAGAUGAUUCUUGUCUCAUUAAGCGAUGGGAUAAAAAUCUCUCAGCAUUUACAGACGUAAGCUGUCCAAAAGUAAUCGCAAAUUACAAUAAGAACAUGGGAGGUGUAGAUAUACUCGAUCAAUCCAUAGAAUACUACCGGACCUUCAUAAAAACGAAAAAAUGGACUCUAAAAGUCAUCCUCCAUUUUUUUGACUUGGCCAUUUCGAAUGCUUGGCGUUUGUAUGUGUUAAAUUCGAUCACAACUAGAGUACCCAAAAGUAAAAUAAUGGACUUGUUGGAGUUUCGAAUGCAAGUGUCAGAUGGCCUUGUCAACGCACCAGAACGUAAAAGAAGAUCUGAUACUGAUGAACAAGAUGAGAACCAGGCUCCUAAUACGUCUAAGUUCCGUCGACCGAAUCCACCUUCUGUAGCCAAAAGGUAUGAUGGAUAUGAUCAUCUUCCAUCAUUUGAUCAAAUAGAUAGCCCAAGAGCAUGCAGGAUGGAAGGUUGCAAAAGAAUCAGGCCUGAAAGGGAUAAAGAUAAAUCAUUAAUCGCAGCUGUUAGAAAAGGCGACAAACGAAUCCCUCUGACAGUUUUAUCGGUUUUGUUUGAGAAUGCAUAA